CGAGAACCAUAUCUCCGGUGACAGACGACGUUCCGUAGGCCUAACCCGCGACGUGACGCGACCUCGGUAGUUCAACCAUUCAAGAAAUACACCAAAGUGAUCCAAAGACUGAUGUGGCAGUACUGAUCAAACAUUAUUGGGACAAUGGAAGAUCCAGUUUCAGAAGACCCUCAGAUGCUAGCCAUUCCUCAAGCAGUAAACAUUGGAAAUGUAGAGACUAAUCCACCAGGAGACUGUCACCUUAAAGACACUUUGCCACUCCAAGAGAAUGAACCAAUUGAUGUAGAAAUGAGAGAUGAAACAGAGGUAUGGACUGCUCCUGAUGGCUCUUUUACAAAGCGCAUUAUUAAAAAGGGUUUUGGGUUUACAAGCCCGAAUGAUGGUUCAGCUUGUCGGGUGACCAUCUCUAUAGUGGAUCGUUACAAGGUGGAGAACAAGGAUGUAGGUUACCCUACUGGUGAGGAGGCUGAUAUUUUGCAUGGAGAUGGCUGCGGGAUGUAUUCUGAAGUGAUAGAUGCCUGCCUUGAAACUAUGCAUCGCAGGGAACAAUGUGAGCUUCAAGUCUUUGAAAGCCACAGCGUUGAAACAGUUGGACGAACUCAUGGACCACAUCCUGUAGAAUCCAGGAAUGAGGAUUGUCUGGAAUCAAAUGCAGUGGCUUCAUUUGUUGUUACCUUGCAUGAUUUCACAAGAAACAAAGAUAUCCACAGGAUGAGUGUUGAAGAUAUCUUCUCCAGGGUAUCACAGCUGAAAGACUGUGGGACAAAGUGUUUCAAGGAGGGUAAGCUCCAGCUUGCAGAGCGAUUCUACAUCCGUGCUGGCAGUUACCUUAUCAUGGUAUGUCAUCCACAAGACGUCAAAGACUUAGAUGAUGCCCUUCAACAGGAAUACAAUUUACUAAAAAAGAGCUGUUCUCUCAAUCUUGCUGCAUGCCAACUGAAACACAAGCGAUAUCAUGAUGUAAUUACCCAUUGCAUUAUUGCCCUAGAAAUUGACCCAUUGAAUACAAAGGCUCUCUAUCGCCGCUGUCAAGCAUACAUUGCCUUAGAUGAGUUUGAGAAGGCUAGAACAGAUAUACAAACUGCAUUGGAUGAAGAGCCAAAGAGUAAACUCUUUUUAGAACAGAAAAGACUUCUGGUGAAGAGAGAAAAAGUGGUAUAUAAUAAACUCUCUAAAGGUAUGAAUAAGAUGUUUGGAGGACCCUCAUGACAGUAACAGUUUAAUGGCUUUUAAACUUUGUUGCAAGUUACAAAGAUAGUAUUAGAUCAGAGGCUUGGAUCAGGUCAAUGUCACAGCUAAGCUAAGUAUGUUAUAACUGUGACAAUGUUAACAACCAUGAAAACAAGGCUAAAAUGAAGUAAAUCGGUUUCAUAAGAAACUGAUCAAAUUGCACUGCAAAAAUUUCAUUCAGUCAAAAUGAACAAUAUUUUUACACAUGUCAGCUUCAAUAAUAUUUGUUAAGCACAUGUCAAUAAUUAAGAGUUUGGUUUAAUCAUAGAGAGACUAAAGCCCCUCACAUCAAUUGGUUUCAGAAUCCAAAGUCACAUAAUGGCAAAAGGAAGACCAAUGAAAGUGAAAUGGGAUUAUUAUUAAACAAACUUUCCAGUUUAUUAACAAUAUUCUUCAUACAUAGAUCUACGGGGAUGUCACCGUUUUUAAAGCGGGGAUAAUCUGUACACAGUGUUAUCUGUGUGUGGUUGAGUGAGAUACACACAGACACACACCGUGUUAGAUUAUUCCCCACUUACCACUAGUUCACAGUUGUUCUUUUUAGCAAACUGUUGAAUGAAAAAAAUUCCAUAAUCCCAAAGAUUACAAUGAAAAACAGAUCAUAAAUGAAUGGAAUUAAGCAUAUUAAAAAUUUAAAGGCUUUUUGUAGUGUGUAGUGUGUUUUGCGUAUAGACUCAAAACAGACAGGAUGGUUGCAGACUACUUGUGAGCAAUACUAUGAAUCAAACAUGAGCAAGUCAUACUUCUACAUUGUAUUGCAUGAAAAAAUGAAAAUAUAUCAUUGAUGUAGAUUAAAGAUAUAUGUCUUUGAUUGAAAAGAUUAAUUCCAGUUUACAUGUCAUCAUUGUAAGUGUUUUGCUCUUGGGUAAUUCUAUAAAAUAUGUAUGUCUGACCCAUAUUUUGGGGACCUUCCUGAUGAGAUCUUUCUAUUCAUGACUUUAGCAGUUUGUGAACUGAUGUAAAAAUUAAAUCAUUCAAUAUUUUCUAGUUUUGCUCAGU